GGCGUCGCUUCCGGUCCGGAGGUGGGGGAGGGGGCGGAGUCGGAGCCGGCGCCACAGCAACCGCGGAACGCGGACCCCGGCCUCCAGCCUCUGGUCGGCUCCGGUCCCGGGAUGGCGCCCAAGCCCCCCGGCUCCGUCCUCGAGCUCCGCGCCGCCGGCAACGAAAGCUUCCGCAGCGGCCAGUACGCGGAGGCCGCCGAACUCUACGGCCGGGCCCUCGACGCGCUGCAGGAGGCAGGUCCGGCCAACCCUGAAGAAGAGAGUGUCCUCUAUUCCAACCGAGCAGCUUGCCACUUGAAGGAUGGAAACUGUACUCAUUGCAUUAAAGACUGCUCUGUUGCAUUGUCUUUGGUUCCUUUUGGCAUAAAACCCUUGUUAAGGCGGGCAGCGGCUUAUGAAGCAUUGGAAAAAUACCAGCUGGCCUAUGUGGAUUACAAGACAGUGUUGCAGAUAGACUGUACUCUGCCAGCUGCACAUGAUGGAGUCAACAGGAUGACUAAAGCUCUCAUGGACACAGAUGGGCUUGAGUGGCGUCUUAAGCUGCCUCCCAUCCCCUCAGUGCCAGUUGCAGCUCAAAAGAGGUGGGAAGCAGCUCCAGGGGGUGACCAUGAGAAGGCAGCCAAAAGCAAACUCAAAGAAGCCGACACCUUAAAGAACAAAGUGCCUACUGUUGGAGACAAAGAACGAGCCCGGGCCCUAAAGGAAGAAGGCAAUGAGCUGGUGAAAAAAGGGAAACAUAAGGAGGCUGCAGAGAAGUACAGUGAGAGUCUUAUGUUCAAUAGCAUGGAAUCUGCAACCUAUACUAACAGAGCCCUCUGCUAUUUGUCACUGAAGAAAUACAAAGAGGCUGUAAAGGACUGCACCGAGGCUCUCAAAUUAGACUCAAAGAACGUCAAGGCAUUUUACAGGCGUGCCCAGGCAUUCAAAGAACUCAAGGACUAUCAAUCCAGCCUUGAAGACGUCAACAGCCUCCUGAGUAUUGAGCCAGAGAACAGCGCCGCCGCCAAGCUGAGGCAGGAAGUCAACCGGAGCUUAAAAUAAAUAAAGUCCAGGAAGGGGCAGCAAACCUGCCUGAUUUCACUCGGAGAAGCUAAGGGCCUCUUUGUCUGCUCCAGGGCUAAGAGAAAGAGAGAGCAAGUGAGCCCUUUGACUCAGGCCAAGUAAGGCCCCAGGCCCCGCACCCCAGCUUCUCUCCUUGUACCCAUCGACACUCGGCUUUCUCCUCCUUCAGAAUCUUUGCUCACUCCAGAUCAGCCCAGCUUAGGGAGCGAGGCCUCCCCUUUUUGGCUUACAAGGAUUCCUUCCUCUGUGCUACUCUUUCCUAAUGGUAAACUCAGUCUUCUUUACCCACUAAGCAUGUCCCAAUUCUAGUUCCUGGCGCCAGACAGCUCAAUCCACGUUAAAUGGGUUUCAGGCAUCAGUACACAAACCAGGCCCCUGGCCCUGCCCACCUAGUGUUGCUUGUGGCACAGUACAGAGUAUUCCCCCAGAUCUUUUGGGGCCCAGGUUAUGUGGCAGCCUCAUUGUGGAUGGAACCUUUGGCAGUCUUUGGUCACAUUUUGUAUCCCUGUUCAGCCAGCGCUUGCAUUGGACUGUUAUUCUGGGUACUGGUUUGACUAUGUGACCCCUCCUAAACCCUUGUAUCUUGUUUCAAAUUGCUUGAGUGUCUGCAUGGCAGCAGCCACAUUCCCUGCUUCCCAGGACUGGAGCCACCCAACCCUAGUUUGGAAGUUGGCUUGUUGCAUGUUUUGAGUGGGGAAGCCAUCUCGGCUCUAGUUUAGGAAGUGACAGCUUUAGGGCACCUUUCAAAGAGUCCUCCUUCCUCUGUCCCUUUUGGAGUGAUUCUGAAUGGCCUCCUGGUUUCAGUCACCCCGUAUUUAAGCCACUGCAUAAAAAGUACGUCUUCUAUUGGACUUCAGUCGUACCUUCAUUUAAAAGGGGACCAUGAGACCUUGGUUAGACACUACCUCUUGUAGUGCAGGCCAGGGUCUUGUAUAGUACCCUUGCCACAUAAUGGGCUGUUCCUUCUUUCCCUCCCCAGCAAGGAAAAGGAUUUCAGCUUGGGGGUAGAAGGUAAUUUUGCCUGGGCAUGGUAGUAUAGGCCAGGCUUGGAUGUGUCUCCUUCCAUAUUAGCACCGAUUCUGUUUGGGGACAUAAAUGAUAACUUACUCUAGCAGCUGCUGUCAAGUGUGCAUAGGCUCAAUGCAACUUCUUCCAUUAUUGGAAGAUUAACAGAACACUUAAGUGGCUACUAUGUGUCAGACACUAGGGUUAAUGAAAUUUCUUAAGAUGGGCACAUAAGUAUAUACAAAAUAAAUUCUAAGCUUGUUUGGGAAAGAGGGGCACUAGUAGUUGUGAAAUCAGAAAAGGUUUCUCACAUAUAGAAAUCACUGAGCUCAUCAUUGAAACGAGGGAUGAAGGCCCACAGAGAGUAGCUGGAGUACUGAUUGGUCAAAUAAGGAAACAUCAAUUUUUAUUCACUUAAGUGAUCAGACUAGGUUUAGGGUAUUUGAGGAACAGUGAGCAUAUAAAUUACUUUGGUAGCCCCAGCUCUGUCUCAAUCCUAUAGCUCAUGAAGGUCAAGCUAAUCUUUUUUGGGGGAGAGGGAAAUGCCACAGCUCUACAUUACUUGACAAGCACACAGAACCUUUCCUGAUAUCAAUAAUGCCCAACCUCUCUAAAUGACAUGUUUAUGAAUGGGACCAUGGUCAAGACAGAUUAUUACAAGAGAGAAGCCACAAAAUUAAGUAGUAGGGGAAGAGAGCAUGAGCACAGGUAAUCUUACAGCAGCAUAGGUUCUGAAUUCCAGAAACAAAUUCUCUUUAUUCUCAUGUAUCCUAUAUCCGUGUUGGUGAUUUUUAUCAUCUUGGGUUCUGAGAACGAAGGUGCCCUUCUGUUUCCCAGGAUUCCCUUCUAUCCCUAGGCUUUACUUAGGUGUGCUCAUAUUCAUGCUCAGCUUGUACACAAAUAGCCCCAAGAUGAUUCAAGAGUCUGUGAAACUCUUUAAUGCACACAAAAAAGCAAAGGAUGCUUGACCAGCUUGUUGACUGGCUUGCUCUGUCCACUUAACAUAUUGUGCAGGUACACAGACAAGUAAAUAAGUUAUAGUUCAGAGUAUCUCAGAGAACUGGAAAGGCUGGGGUCUUUUCAGAACCAUGAGAUUUCAGAGUUUUCUGGGAAGAAAAAGUGUGUACAGGGUGAUGAUAAAUACAAAAUACUCUGGGAUCCAGUAAAGUUCCAGCUAUUGGAAAUCAUUUCUUGAGCAAAAAGUAGAGUCUCCCAAGAAAAGAAAGAUUAGGUAUAAACUUUCAAAGUACUGUGGGGCUGUGCUUAUCUGAGGGACAUAGGGGAUGAAGUAGCCAAGACUCAGAGCCCAAAACUUAUGGGCAGGAAAAAAACCCACAACCUAUAUGAAAAUACAUGAUCCAAGUCAGAUAAUUCACUUUCCUCCAAAGGUGGGUUCUACAGAAACAAGACCAGAAAGGCUUUCAAUAAAUACCUAAGUGAUAGAGCCAGUCCUUUGGCCCUCAGAGGCUAAUUCAGCAAAAUGGGGUCUGGUAUAUUAUUCCAAGCUGGAAAGUACUCGGGACAGGCUCAGAGACAAGACUUGUCUUUGAAGGACCAACCUGGUUACAAACAGACCCUUCACCAGAGGAUACACAUGUGAAAUCUAACGGCCAUAGUGGUCAAUUGUGAGUCAGUUUGAGAGUAAGGUCAUAUAACUCGCAGUACUAACAAAGCUACAGGGAUGGACAAACUGUACACCCCUCCUAGACCCACACAUUCUGGGUUCCAUCUCUGGCCACUGUAUGUUUCGGCCUAGACUCACAGGACCUCAGUGUACAUAUGUCUUGGGCAGCUCCAUGACUUCUUGUGCUUGGAGUGCAGCUACUGCUUCUUCAAUCUAAAGGGAAAUUUGAGGGAGAGGAAAUUUAAGAUUACUGAGGCUUGGCCCACCCCAACCCUUUAUUAGCAAAGAUGCUGCUACCCUCAUCCUGCCUUUGGCUAACCCCUAAGGACAGUUUUCCAUAGCAUGUUUUAAUGAUAUACUUUAGGCUAAUCCCUAAGGACAGGUUUCCAUGGCAUGUUUUGAUUAUAUACUUUAGGCAUCUGGUGGUGGUACAUAGAGCAUUGGGCCUGGAAUCAGACCUGGAUCUAAAUUCAGACUCAGAUACUAGCUAUGGGGCCCCAGGGGAAUUAGUUUACUCAACUGCAAAAUGGGAUAACAGCACCCAAUCCACAGAAUUGUUUUUGUGAGAACAUAAAUUUGUAAAAUGCUCAGCACAGUGCCUAGCACAUAGUAGAUGCUAUAUGUUUAUCCCAAUCCCUAUUCCAAAGAGGCUUGAGUGCUAACCUGGGGGCCCCUAAAAUCCUUGAGCAAGACUCCUUCCCAGUAGCACAGGCAUCACUUUGAGCACAACAUACUGGUUCACACACAAGAUGGUCAUGGGCACUCAGAAACCCAAAUACCAACCUUGGAAUGGAGCGAUUCUGGAGAUUCCAGCAUCAGCAGCAGCUCUGAGUUGUCAAUCUCCAGCAGCAUGCCAGUGAUCUUGCCAGCCAGCUGAGCGUGUACCCCAUAAAUGAGUGGAUAGAGUCUGUCACCUGCUCAAAACAGCAGGGGGAAUAAUACAUAGACCUGGACUGGCUGAUAUCCUAAUGCAAGUUACAGAACCCCUGCUCAAAACAACAGGGGGAAUAAUACAUAGACCUGGACUGGCUGAUAUCCCAAUGCAAGUUACACAACCAUCAGCCCCGUCCCCCUUUGUGUAAAAUGGGAACAGUAGUACUAUCUCAAAAAAUACUAUGUAAAAUAGUACAUAAGAAUCAGCUGUUAUUCCCUUCCCCAAUCCCACAGUCUUUUUUAUGAAGCCAGGUUAGAACUGAAGCUUGUGACCUUCACCUGAGAAGGAUUGGGUUGGGGGGGGGGGGGAUGGGGAGAGAAGUACUCUUUGGAACCUUCAGCACAACAGUGUCUAAAUUAGUUACUGGGGACUUCCAGCAUCAUCUGUGUGCAUCCGAGAAGGCAAUCUAAGAUGGAAGAAAUUAACUUGACCUAAACAAGGUACUGACUGAAAAAAUUGCAAACAUAACUAAGGCAUCAACUCAAUCUCUUUUAGACAUUUAAACUCAAUUUAAAACAGCCACUGCAAUAAGGAAGCUAAGUGUUCAGAAACUUUAGUCUGAAGACACUUGAUUUUCAAACACAGCUAUAGGACAUGGGAUUAGACUGCAAACUUUUUUGAAAAACAUUAAGAGAGGAAGCUAGCAGGUGAAUAGAAGCAUUAGAAAAUAAGCAAAAGUGAAAAAUAGGUUUACAGAAAGCUUGGCUUGUCCUAGCCCAGGCAAUCAACAAACUGGGUAAAACAAGUGGAUGUGAAACAUCUGCCAAUGAUUACCAAUAUUCGAAAUUGACAAAAAUUGAAGCACAACUUUUAGACUUUACACCUUAGGACCUGAAGGAGCAACUAAAAGCUGGAAGGAAUGUAGAAUUUCACCUGAGAGAUUAAAAGUUUAGAUGCCAAUUGGUUUGAGUCAGCUUCAGAGGAAAAGAUUUCCUAGAGUGUAGAUCAUAGAAUUCUGU